AUGGAAGAUGAGCAGACAAGUGGUCGAGAAGCUAACAAAAUUUGUGGUGUUUGUGGAGACCGAGCUUUGGGAUAUAAUUUUAAUGCUGUGUCAUGUGAAAGCUGCAAAGCUUUUUUUAGAAGAAAUGCUCUAAAAAAUAAGGAUUUUAGGUGUCCAUUUUCUGAAAACUGUAACGUCACACCGGUAACGCGGCGAUUUUGUCAAAAAUGCCGGCUGGACAAGUGCUUCAGUAUCGGCAUGAGGAAGGAAUAUAUAAUGACAGAAGAAGACAAGGUCCUUAAGCGACAGAAAGUGGAGCAAAAUAGAGCAAAAAAAAGGUCGUCUGACGAGAUACGAGGUCCCAAAAUGAAGAGAGAAAUUAUUGAAGAUGCUAACUUUGACGACACUUCAAUGUCGGUAGCUUCAGUAGCUUCGACAGUGUCUGAGACUUACUUCUGGGAGUCUGAUAAAAAGUACACUGACUUAGACGGGAACAGAGAGCGUACUAUUGAGAGUAUGAGUCCAACCACUGCUGCAAGUGUACCUAGUCCUUCUAGCCCUCCAGAGAAUCGAGAUAUAAUUGGUUCUAAAACACUGGACAUGCUUAAAGAUUCCUCGCAGCCGAGUCAGUCAUUUAAAAAAUGCAGUACUCAUUUAUCUACAAAGAAUCCUUGCAGUUCAGAGAAACUUAUUACGUGUAAUGUAAUAGAGUCACUGAAUAAUGAAGAGUAUUCUCACCUUGAUAAUUGUGGAGUUAGCAGCAGGUUAGAUGAUAAUUUGGUAUUAUCUAGAGACAAGCCUGAAAGUUCAGUGAUUGAAGAUUGUACAAAAAAUGGACAAAAAAAUUCAUCAAUUUUUGCUGAAAAAUUGACAAUAAAAUCGGACUUUUUUAUUAAAAUUCUUCAAGAUAAUCCUCAGCUUGUUGCUAAAUUUUUAGAAGACAAAAGUACUGUUUCUAAGAUGAUGUCAGAGCCGCAAGUAGCAAUUAUGUUGGCGAAUGAUCCACAGGUAUCGAGGCUUUUAGAGCUUGAUAGUGAUGAAUCUAGUAAAUUAAAUAAUUUAACGACUAGUAGAGGCUCUAAUAAUAUUAUUUGUAAUUUAUUGGAUUCAGAGCAGCAAAAUAGUGAUAAUCCUAUUUUAACUAAUUUAAUUACAAGCCAUAAGUCUAGUGAAAGUGAUAAUAAAGUUGAUGAGUUUAAUGGUGGCAAUGACUGGAGUAGAGAGACCGAUGAUGUAACUAGGGAUGUAGUUCAAGAUGUUCAAAGAAUUCCUAUAGCGGCCAAUUCGAUAGAAUCGAUACUCUGUGAGGCUAUUAAAUUAGAAUUUUCAGCUUAUUCAGCUUUAAGAGGGAAUCAAAAUAGUCGAGAAUUGAAUGAUGCUGAACGGGCUAAGUUAAAUGAGUUAAUUGUUGCUAAUAAAGCACUGCUUGCGCCUUUAGAUGAUGAUAUUACCAAUUUGAUUGGUGAAGAGUGUCGAUUCAAGGGUACUGCCGAAUAUUCUGAUCCGAUGCUUUUAGAUGUUAUAAAUUUGACAGCAGUAGCGAUUAGAAGAUUAAUAAAAAUGGCUAAAAAAAUAAAUGCUUUCAAAAAUAUGUGCCAGGAAGAUCAACUGGCUCUUUUAAAAGGCGGCUGCACUGAAAUGAUGAUCUUGCGGUCAGCAUUGAAUUAUGAUUCUGAUAAAAAUAUGUGGAAAAUACCUCACAGUCAAGAAAAAAUGUCGAAAAUAAAAGUUGAAGUACUGAAAGAAGCCAAAGGUAAUCUUUAUUCUGAACAUGCAAGAUUUGUUGGGACUUUUGAUCCUCGUUGGCGUGAUGAAAAUAUUAUUUUAAUACUAAGUGCCAUUGCUUUAUUUACACCCGAUAGACCACGUGUUGUUCACAGCGACGUAAUUAAAUUAGAACAGAAUUCUUAUUAUUAUUUAUUAAGAAGGUAUUUAGAAAGUAUAUAUCCAGGAUGUGAAGCAAAAUCGACGUUUUUAAAGCUCAUACAAAAAAUAUCCGAGCUUCAUAGGCUUAAUAAUGAAGUUGUCGAUGUCUAUUUAAAUGUAAACCCUUCAAGUGUUGAGCCAUUAUUAAUUGAAAUAUUUGAUUUAAAUCACUAG